AUGUCCCUCAAUACAGUAACCAGCGGCCUAAACAAAGGCCUGCCCACCGACAGCGUCACCAAAACCGCCUCAGGAACAGUCAACCAAACCACACAACAAGUCAACAACACCACUGAAAAAGUCACCGACCAAGCCAUUCCAGGCGAGUAUCCCUCCGACGACGCCAAAUAUGACAAACCACCGCCAGACAUCUCCUUCUCAUCCAUCUGGUCCGCCUUCAAAACAUGGCUCUUCUCCUUUUUCCCGAACAUUCUCGACCGUUUCGAAAACUGGAUCAAGGGCCUGAUCGCCUGGAUCCUGCCCCCUCCGCGACAAGCCAAAAUGUACGAGGCCAUCCUAAAACGGCCCAUCGCGUCCUCGUUCAUCAUCUGCCAGCUGGUCUGCUGUGGGGUCCCGCUGCUGGUUUUCCUGGCGGGUGUGUUUCUCUUUGCGGCUGUCGCGGUGUUGCUCUGGGCGGUGCUCUCGUUGCUUUUGGCGGGGCCGAUUCUGUUGGUGGCUAGUAUGAUGGGGGUAUCGCUUUGGGGUGGGGCGAAUCGGCAGGAUGAGGGGGAUGAGGGGGAUGAGGCGGAGGGUGAGGGUGAUGGUGAGAAAGAGGAGAAUAAGGGGAAGGAUGAGAAGAGUGACAGACCGAGGAAACCAAAGAAAUUGGAAGUCAAGAAGGAUACUUGA